AAAUCAGUGAUAUUUUUUUAUGAAAAUAUAAUAAAUUGUUCUUAAAAGUUGCUAAAUGAAAUAUCAAGCAUCAAAUGCCAAAAUAAUACACUUUUACAUACUUAUUAUUACAUUGGUGCUGAUAAAACAAAGUGAAUGCCGGACGAUCUCAAUUGGUGUUCUUGUUCCUUUUAGUGGAGCAAGAUCAUUCGGAAAUAAAUUAGAAGAAGUAACUAUGGAAUUGGCAAUCAAAAAGGUCAAGUUAAGUUCGGACCUUGCCAAUUUACGGAAAGAAAAUAUCACAUUUGAUUUUGCAGUAGCCGACACAAAAUGUGAUAUUGGUACUGGCCUGUUUGAACUGGUUGAGAUUAGCAGUAAAUCCGACGCUUUCAUAG